GCUUGACAGCGGGCACCGAGUCAUCUGGCAUGAAAGCGGGUACCGAGUCACCGGACAAGUCAGCGGGCACCGAGUCACCGGGGAAGUCAGCGGGCACCGAGCCAUAUGGCACGGCAGCGGGCACCGAGUCAUCUGGCACGACAGCGGGCACCGGGUCACCAAGCCCGACAGCGGGCACCGAGUCAUCUGGCACGACAGCGGGCACCGAGUCAUCGGGCACGACAGCGGGCACCGAGUCAUCGGGCACCGAGUCAUCUGGCACGACAGAGGGCGCCGAGUCAUCUGGCAUGACAGAGGGCACCGGGUCACCAAGCUUGACAGCAGGCACUGAGUCAUCUGGCAGGACAGCGGGCACCAAGCUAUCUGGCAGGACAGUGGGCACCGAGCCAUCUAGCAGAACCGCGGGCACCUGGUCACCAAGCUUGACAGCGGGCACCGAGUCAUCUGGCACGACAGCGGGCACCGAGUCACCGGGCAAGUCAGCAGGCACCGAGUCACUGGGCAAGUCAGCGGGCACCGAGUCAUCUGGCACGACAGCGUGGUGCCUGCUGGUCAGCUCUGGUACUGCAGCCCACACGGCAGACCAAGGGGAGUGAGCUUAGGGCAGA